GAGCUACGAGUGCAUUGUGUGAGAGGGUGUUAGCUUGUUUGCUAACAUCCCUGCAGGGGGUUUAUGUGGAGUUCAGAGACCAAAACAUCAGCCAGUAAACUUUGUCUGGAUGUGGAGUGUUGCCAUUGAGACUCAAAAUGUCUUUCACAAGAGAGCCCUGACCAGGAGCACACAACUAACAUUCACGAACAGAAGUGAUCGUUAUGAGAUGUCACGGAAAGCAACAACCAGGACUUCCUCUCUCAUGGCCGUCCAUUCAGAUUCACAUCAGCAGAGCAUCCUGAGCAAAUUUGACAAGCUCAGGAAAAGAGACCUGCUGUGUGACAUCACUCUCGUUGUGGAGGACAUGCACUUCAAGGCCCACAGAGCCCUGCUGGCAGCGAGCAGCGAGUAUUUCUCCCUCAUGUUCACAGCAGAGGAUCGUAUCAGCCAGCCGACCUACAGGCUGGAGGGGAUGGCAGCGGGGAUGUUUGCAGCAGUGCUGGAGUUCAUCUACAGUGCCCAGGUGCGUGUGGAGGAGAGCACCACCGAGCAGCUACUGGCCACAGCUCGUCUUAUGGAGGUCAACGACCUGGUGAAGGUGCUAACUGAACUCAAGCGCUCUGCUGCAGAGGUCAGAGGUGACGAGGGGGGAGCAGCUGCAGCCGAGGCACCAGAUCUGUUGAAACGCAAAAGAGGACGACCAAAGAAAAACGUGUACGUGCCUCUAACAGAGCUGGAAGACAGAUGUGCACCAUAUGAGGGUUCAGAAGAGACACAAGCUGGUGAUAUAAACUGUGAUGAUGUAGUGACACCUAAAGAUGCAGAUUAUAACCCAGCAUCCCACCGGCAGAGCAAACGCAAAAUCCGGCCUCCAGUAAAAUAUGAGGGCUACAAGGUGGGCAGCGACUCAGCGGGGGGCAAAGAGCCUGUGAAGAGAGGCAGGAGGAGGAAAUACCCCGACACUGAGGCCCGGUGUGACGAAUGUGACAAAGUGUUCAAAAACCACCUGUUUCUCAAGAUUCACCAGAGGACUCACACAGGAGAGAAGCCUUUUCGCUGCCUGGAUUGUGGGAGUAGUUUCACCCAGAAGCACGCUCUGCUGUCUCACCAGCGCAUACACACCGGAGAGAAGCCGUAUGUGUGUUCUGUCUGCUCCAAAGCGCUCUCCUCCAAACACACCCUGAUGGAGCACAUGAACCUCCACGAAGGAAAGAAGUCGUUCAGCUGUGAGAAAUGUGGAAAGACGUUCAGUCAGAAGAGGCAACUUAAAAGCCACUUCAGAGUUCACACAGGCAAAUCGUUACCAGAGUGCGCUCAGUGUCAUCACAAGUUUUUGGACACGGCUCAGCUGAAAAAGCACCUGAGAACUCACACAGGUGAGAAGCCUUUCACCUGUGAGAUCUGUGGGAAGUGUUUCACGACCAAGAGCACUCUGCAGACUCAUAUAAGAAUUCACAGAGGUGAGAAGCCGUAUCACUGCAACAUCUGCAACAAAUCCUUCUCUGACCCGAGCGCAAGACGUCGACACGUCACCUCUCACUCGGGAAAGAAACCCUUCACCUGCUCCUUCUGCAGCCUUUCAUUCACCCGCGCAGACAAUCUGAGAACGCACAUGAAGUCUCACAACAAGGAAAGAGCUGCAUCGACAGAAUCCUCAUCAUCAGACACAGGGGACGCCGCGGCAGCGCCGGAGGAGGUUCGUAACAUCCUGCAGCUGCAGCCGUACCAGCUGCCCACCAGCUCUGAGCAGGAGAUCCAGCUGGUGGUGACGGGAGACGUGGACAACAUCAACUUUGUGCCGGCUCAGGAGCAGGAGAUCAGCAUCAUCACCACAGAGGGGACGUCAGAGUCGGCCCACUCCAGACUCGCCCUCCUCGCCCAGUCGUCUGGAAGCGUGCAGAACGUGGCUCUGGUCGCUCAGGGCGGCGUGGUGGAGCAGAGCCCUCAGAUUCAGACCAUCAGCAUGCUGGAGGGCCAGAUGACGCACCAGCCUGAGCAGAUGCACGUCAUCACUCUGAGUAAAGAGGCGAUGGAGCAGCUACAGGCCCAUCACGGCCCCCCGCAGCCCCUUCAGAUGGCACAGCGACCCGUCCAGCACCUGCGGUUGACGCACCACCGUGUCCAGCCGCUGGCCGUCAGUCCGGAGAGUUCACAGACGAGCAGGGAGCAGCACAGCCAGGCCAUUCACAUCAGCAGCCAGAGCAGCCAGCCCAUCUCCAUCAGCCAGACCAGCGAGCAGAUCUCCAGCCACCACAUCCAGGGACAGACGUUCCAGAUCCAGGCAGGGACCGUGUCCUACCUGUACACCACCGGGCUGCCGCAGGACAGCUGAGCGUGGGCUGGAUUCAGACUGACACUGCUGCUACAGUUCACAGUGAUAACGGAUUAACUAAGGUAUCGUAGUAAGGAACAAAUUUUACUGCAAAUUCUAUUUUUUACAUUUUCUGUCAUCUUUUAAAGCAUCCCAUAAUAACAGUCAAAGCAGGACCUUUAUUUUCUAGAAGUUUAUGUGUCGCUUUGUCUCCAAGGAAACUCUGAGAUCUGAGAGUCGACACAUUUGGCAAACAUGCUCAUGAGGAAAAUACAGCGCUAGAAAACAAUCAAGAGCAACUAUAACAUUUUAUUUUCGAUUCAUAGAAAUGAUCUCAUAAUUACUGAGUGUUAUGUCAACACGUGGGACUGAAAAGUGGUAACGGUGCUGCACGGUGCUUUUGAAGAGAAGACACAUGUACAAUUUAUGGCUGGUGGAUAAAAAUACUAAAUAAUAAAAAGGUGUUAAUGAAUGAAAACGA